AUGAGUUCUGAUGAAUAAAGAGAGGAAGAGAGAGAGAGAAACGCAGAAGCUGACCGUUGCCUGGUGGUGCUUCGGGAAGAGGCAGACCGUCGCCGGUGACUGCCUGGCUGAUAGCAACAUUGGAAAUCUCAACCCUAAUUUUCAAAUUCGAACUAAUAUAUCACUCAACCAAUCAUUGCUCGCACAUUGAAUCAAUCCUUCGAACUCAACUAGUCUCACACCGUCUUCCUCUUCCUAUUUAUAUUACAUUAUGUGAGGUAGCUUCAGAGCUGUUAAAACUUCAGAUCCUCCUCAAUAUUCCUCUUCCAUUACAGGUUGAAGAAGAGGAAAGACUGCCGUUCCAGAUGGCAGUUCUUUCCAAAUGUCAUUGUAAAAGUGACUUAAUAUGACAAUGCUAUCAGUGCCAGCUGAAAAUUCCUGAUCUAGGUCGGACAUGAGUUUACCAAAUUCUGAAGAACUCAUUUGACUUUUGAUGAGCCAGAAAGUCGUGUCCUUUAAUAGUUUUUUGAUGUAUUGGUGCAUCAUAUAUUAAUAUGCGGGAUAGUGAGAAGAAUGUAAAUAACAGAGGAUCUAGAAAACACAAGAAUUCAAAUGCACAAACCGAGUUAAAGCCAUGCUCAUCAUUGAGAUUAAAAACCGGUAGCCCAAAAUCCCAAGCGAAGAAGCAUAAAUUAAAACAAAAGUCUCGUGCACACAGAGUUGGUGCAAAUAUAUCAAGGCAGGCAGGCACUGGCUCUUCUAAGGAGGACCCAAGCAAGGACUUUUCGAAUAAAAACUUGAUCAUCAGAAAAAGUCUACAUAAAACCAAUGGAAAUCCAUCACAGAAGCCCAGCUCAUCAAAGCCUCAAGGUGAAAAAGUUUCGCUUGGCUCUAAGAAAGAGGGUAAAGAUGUUGAUGAGGAGGUAAACAUUCAGAAGCUUAAAAGGAGAAGGAGAAAAAGGAAAAAUCAAAGAAAUAAUGUGGAUCUUGAUGAUGCUUCACGCCUGCAGAGGAGACUAAGGUAUCUUCUGAUUAAAAUAAAGCGGGAGCAGAACCUUAUUGAUGCAUACUCUGGAGAAGGUUGGAAAGGUCAGAGUCAAGAGAAGAUCAGGCCAGAAAAGGAGUUGCUAAGAGCUCAGAAGCAGAUUUUACAUUGUAAGCUUAGUAUUCGUGAUGCCAUUCACCAGUUGGAUACUCUUAGUUCGGUGGGUAGCAUUGAGGGCUCUGUCAUUGCUCCAGAUGGAUCUGUUUACCAUGAACAUAUAUUCUGUGCAAAGUGCAAAUUGCGUGAAGCUUUCCCAGAUAAUGAUAUAAUACUAUGUGAUGGCACCUGUAACUGUGCUUUUCACCAAAAAUGUCUUGAUCCUCCAUUGGACACUGAAAAUAUUCCUCCUGGAGAUCAGGGCUGGUUUUGCAAGUUUUGUGAAUGUAAGAUGGAAAUACUGGAAGCAAUAAAUGCGCAUAUUGGGACUCAUUUCUCCCUGGACAGCACAUGGCAGGAUGUAUUCAAGGAAGAAGCUUCCAUACCUGAGGGGGAUAUUAGUUUACUGAAUCCAGGAGAAGAAUGGCCAUCAGAUGAUUCUGAUGAUGACGAUUAUAAUCCUGAAAGGAGAGAGGAUAGCCAUAAUAUCAGUGCAGACGAUAUUGAUGGUGUUGCAGCUGAUGAUUCAAGCAGCUCUACCAGUCUGUGGAAUUCAGAUGAUGGAUGUUCUCCAGGAACAGGAAAGGAAAGCAUUGACCAUGAAUUUUUCUCUCGGAAUAAUUGCGUAGAUUCUGAUGAAUCUGGAGAGAUAGCAUGUGGCCGGAGGCAGCGAAAAGCAGUUGAUUACAAGAAACUCUAUGAUGAAAUGUUUGGGAAAGAUGCUCCUGCACUUGAGCAAGUUAGUGAAGAUGAAGACUGGGGUCCAGGCAGAAGAAAGCGAAGAGAAAAAGAGUCUGAUGCUGCCAAUACUCUGAUGACUCUCCAUGAAAGUGAGAACAAAUGUUCCCAAAACGAGCAGAAUGUAAUAAAGGAAUUUUCUUCAGACUUCCAAAGUAAAAGGCCUUGUUUCAGGCUUCCACGCCAUGCAGUUGAGAAGCUUCGCCAGGCUUUUGCAGAGAACGAACUUCCUUCAAGAUCCGUGAAGGAGGGACUUUCAAAAGAGUUGGGACUAGAUGCUGAUAAGGUUAGCAAAUGGUUCAAAAAUGCACGUUACUUAGCACUUAAAGCCAGAAAGCAAGCAGAAGGAGCAGAACAGCCUCAGCGCAUCACUUCUGGAAACCCAAAAGAUUCUAGUUUACAAAAUCCGGAGGUAGAGCAUUUGACAUCCAAGGAACCCACAAAAGUAACUUUGACUGAGCCCCAGACGAAUGCUAUAAAUGACAGCCACAAAAAGCGCUUAAAGUCAUCCCGUGGUAAACCUUUAAAGAAAAGGAAACAAGAGAUAUCUCCACCACAGUCAAAAGAAAAUGGCAAGAAGGACUUGGUGGAGUUCAGUGAUGAUGUUAGCUUGAAGAAACUGUUGAAAGCAAAAAAGAAGAAAGUAACUUAUAAAUUUGAGGGAGACUCUGAAGCAGCAGAGUUCGAAUUUGAAAGACUUGGCAAACUGAAGAAUAGAGUAGACAGUAUGAUGCAAAAAAUUCUUAAAAUUAAAAGUCACACAGCAAAGGAUUCAAAAGAACCCAAAUCCAAAGAGCCCCUGGUUAUAUAUGUACCUGUAGCCGAGUUAAAAGAAAAAAGUUGAGUUGUAAAUUAUUUUUACUAUUUUUAGAGGGCAGGUUGAUCUUUCAUUGUUUGUUUUUUCCUGCCACACCUUUUGUAUGAUGACAUUCUCUCUGGAUAUGAUCUUACUUAAUGAAAGAAUAGCAUACAUAAUGGGGACCUUUCUGUCAAAAA